CAUUGCUCCGAAUAUAUUACAUUUCAAAUUUUGAUUUAGUUAGAGAACAUUGUGCCGUGGUUAAUCACGAUGCUUAGUGUGUGUGUCAUCAUAAGUGUGAGCUUCGGCUUAACUCUCACUUCUCCAGUUUACAAUAAUCCAUUUUACUCGAACUAUGGCAAUGUCGAUUAUGACAACAUGGUUAGGGUUGCACGAAACCUGAUGCCGAAACCUGUACCUGAAUCUUGGUUCCUGAGACCUCUAGAAGCCAAUAUAAAUUCAAAUGACGCAAACACGUACUCAGAUACCCCUAGCAUCAUCAGAUUACCAACAUCAGGUGAUUUGACUGUGUUGGACCCUUUGCCGCAGACCUCAUAUUUCGAGCACGGAAUCCAAGCAGCGCUGCCCUUAGAGUAUGAAUUGAUGAACCAAAAAUUUUCAUCACCUGAAUGGAACAAUGACUACCUGCGAACAUCCUACGAAACCGACAUGACCAACGCUCAAGCUUACCAAGGCCUAAAUAGAGGUUCGAUGAACACAGACGUAGAUCCAUAUGAAGUUGAUCUAUACCCUAUGGUGCAUACAAGUUUAUCAGCAGCUUUGAACCCCAGGCCUCCUGCGAACGAUGUGGCUCCAGUGUUAGAAACUGAAAUCCUUGAGACAAUGCCGUCACUGACCACUCGCGGUGGAUACGACAUUGAUGUAUUAAAUCCAGAAAACUCAGGAAUGAUGAUGCCCAACUCUCGAUUGAAACGUAAUUUUCUGCAAGAUUUGACUCAUGAAGCGAUGAUGCAAAACCUCCUGCCGACGAUGCCUGUGCCGUUCGCACGUGGGGCCGAGAUCUCGCCGGUGUACUACUCCGGGUCACCGCAGUCAGCUUCGCUCGGUGAAGGUGCAGCGAUGGCAAUCUACCCAAAAAGUGCAGUAAAUACUGGUGCCAUCCCGCUCCUCCUGAGAUGUUCCCCCAAUGUGGUUCGUGGAUCGUUGUCCAAUGGUUACGCUGAACCAUCGCCGCAGGUGGCCGGGGUGGCUUACAGGGAGAACUCGAAGAGCCCCGCCAAAGAGUAUGCACAUAAAGUGUGAUUGUUUAGCGCAUAAUUAUAAAACAAUGUGCUGGUCCCAGUAAUUAAAUAUUUUAUUGCAAA